AUGACUGAAAAUUAUAAAGUACCCUAUUACGUCAACAAACGAUUUGAAUCUUCUUAUCCACACAACUCAGACGCCAGAAAAAAGAUUGAAGCAGAAGUGGAUUUCGCCGUGUACAGUGCGCAAUGUGAAUGUAAUUUGAAAAGACUGCGUCGCGAUUUGUAUUUUGCGCAACUAACGAAUAAUUCUUUGAUGGGGACGUUAAACGAUUUUGACAUAGGCAGAAAGUUAGGGUCCGGUCAAUUUGGAUCAGUUUACCUAGCAAGAGAGCGUCGCACAGGCUAUAUCGUGGCGAUUAAAGCUAUUAAAAAAGCUUCUUUAUUAAACACCGGAAAUGAGCACCUUUUGCGGCGAGAAAUCGAAAUCCACAGUCAUUUAAUCCACCCAAACAUUUUGGGUUUUUUUGGCUGGUUCAUCACAAAGACUGCAAUUUGUCUCAUAAUCGAAGUUGCUCCAAAAGGCGAAUUAAUGGACAAAUUGUCUCUUGGAGGUUUGCGCGAACCGAUUGUUAGUCGCUACAUGUUCCAGAUGAUCAGCGCGAUUCGCGCUUGCCAUAAAAUGAACGUUAUACAUCGAGAUUUAAAGCCAGAAAACAUUCUUAUUGAUCUUGAUGGUCGGCUUAAAUUAGCUGACUUUGGCUGGGCUGCAUAUUUAAAAAACCGGAGAAAAACUUAUUGUGGAACUAUGGACUAUUUAUCGCCUGAAAUCGUCAGACAAGAGUGGUACGGAAAAGAAGUCGACAUUUGGUGUCUGGGUAUUUUGUGCUUUGAACUUGCCACUGGCGGGCCUCCUUUUAAAACAACAUGA